AUGGAGUGCAGUAUUGACUUUUUGCGCGGCGUUUUCUUCCGCGUCUACGAUUUCCUGGCAGCAUCCGCUUCAUGCGAGGGAGCGCGGCCGCUGCCGAGGGUCGACGAUGCGCCGUCGGACUCGGCCGCCGACGAGCCGGAUGCGCCGGAGCCAGCCUUCCCCGACCUCGCCGAGGAGCUCGACGUCGACGAGGGCAGCAUCGCAAAGGAGGCGCUCAAGGCGGAGGUCGCGGACGGCUUCACCGCCGCCGCGCCGGACAAGGCGGUCCUCGGCGAGAUCCUGCUCGCGCUCGAGUCCGCCAACCCCACCCGCUCGCCCGCGACCUCGCCGCUGCUCAACGGGAAGUGGAAGGUGCUGUACGCGUCCGGCGCGACGCCGAGUCUCAAGGCGCUCAUGCUGCUGCUAAAGGGGUCGAGGCUGGCGCCCAAGUCGCCGUCGGGCGCGGAGCUCGCGGACGUGCAGGACGCGUACCUCACCAUCCGCGAGGAGCAGCCGCGGGCGGAGGGCUCGCUCCGCACGCGCCUGCUCUCCUUUGAAAACACGAUCAAGCUGUCGUCGCGCCUCGAGGCCGAGUCCGCCGUGCGCCUCGUCGAGACGUACGAGGCGGCAGAGUCCGAGUACAUGUCGCUGAAGCUGCCGUUCCAGCGGCCGGUGCAGUACAAGCGGUCGGUCCUCGUCUCGUACCUCGAUGACGAGCUUCUGGUGGUGCGAGAUUCGCAGGGCCGGCCCGACAUCCUGCUGCGCGUCGACGAGGCGAGCCGCAGCCCAUCCUCGCUUGGCGGCGAGGUCAGCGACGACGACGAGAACGACGCGGCGCCCGGCGCCUCGUAGAGCAGCUCUGCAGGAGACCGCUGCUCCGCGCCGCUGCUGCUAGCCCGUGCCCCGCGGGUCGGCUCGGGCGCGGAGGGGGAGCGAGUCUCCUCUCACCCGCUCGCGUCAGUGGUCAGUGGGCACGCGCCUCGCGCUCUCGCCCUUUCUUUUGUCCGCGGCCUUUGGCGACUCCAUGACUGCCCGUUGGCGCUCGCGUUUACGCGGAACGGACCGACAACCGACAAGCUAGCGGACAGACACUGGAGCCGCGAGCGCGACUGCACCGCGCCUCCUCGGGGCCCGCGAUAUAUGUAGAACGGCUGGUUGUGUGUCGAUUCGUCCGGAGAACGUUACAGGGGUAUUGUAGUAGUACACGCACUGAGGUUGCAGCAGCACGUCUUCACUCGCAGAGUGCCCCGCACGAAAUCUAAAAUGCGCGACACAUACACGCACUUUUGCAGCUCCGCUCGCUUCGCAGUGUCGCUCUUCCGCUCUCCUGGGCGCCCGCGGGAUGCAGCCGCCACCCUGACGGCUGAGCAGCCGGUACACCUCCCACACGACACGCCGCCACACGCCGCUGCUUGCGCUCUGCCGGCGUCGCCUCCUCAUCGCUGAUCCGAGAGUGGCGCGAUGUACUUUCGGUUGUCGGCGAUGGCGUAGGCGACGACGAGGUGCGAUUUGAGCAGGAAGGCGAAGAAGGCGGGCGUCACAACCAUCGCGAGCUUGCCCGACACGCCAAACGCCUUUCGGAACCGAGGAGACGAGUAGUUUGCCCACACGACCGCCGCGCCGGCAUAGGCCCCGGUGAUGGCCGCGGCGAUGAAGCCGCCGAGGCCGGCGUCCCAGCCGAUGCCUCGCGUCUCGGCCUGCGACAGCCGGCGGUCGAGCAUCCGGUCGGGGUUGAGCAUCUUCUCAACGACGACACGAGGCCGCUGGUGGAGCUCGAGGCCCUCCGCGCGAGCAGAGGCACCAGA